AUGCAAGUCUUCAACCAUCCAAGUGAGCGCGAGAACCAGUCGUACCUCCAAUCGCGGCUCGAUUGUGACUACAUGAGGGAGAAUAAGAUCGAGAGUAGUGGUGACGGUACUGGUGGGGCGCUAGAACGGUCAUUACGACGGCGGCCUGGAUAG